AUGAUUAAUAUAACAAUACAAAAUUGUUCUUCAUUGUCUUGCUGUAAAGCAGGAAACUCUGGCUCCAUAGCACCUGCCGCCGGCAACUUUGGAGUGUACCCUAGUAUUACUAUACAACAAAGGACCUUUGAGGAUACUUUGUCUUCCCAGAUAACUAUAGAGGAAAGUCUUAGACCGCCGAAGGAAGCAGAAAAAGGGAGAAAUGAUGAAGAUGUCCAACGUCUGCGGUCGGAUGUCUGCCAUUUAGUUCAAGAACUGGAGGCGGCUCGAAGGCUACUGGACUCCAUGUCUACUAAAUUUGAGGAGUAUGCCGAAGAGACAAACGGGCUGAAGAAGAACGUCAUAGCCCAGCAGGAAACGAUUCAGCAGUUGGAAAAAAAGAAUGAAGAGAACGAACGCCAGCUUGAGCUGGCAAACCAGAAUAUGAUGACGCUUCAAGAACAGAUCUCGAGCCAAAACAAGGUCAGAGAAUCAUUAGAAUUUGAAGCGAUCAUGAGAGACAGGAAGAUCGACUCUCUGGAAAAUAUGUUCACUGAGCAGGGAACAAGAAUCGAUGAACUGGAAGCUGACAAGCAAAUGAUGGAGGUACAGAUUGAAGAAAUUCAAGUGGAUAAGGACUUGGAAGUACAAAGCCUCCGUGAAGAAAUCGAGUCGCUCAGAGAAAUAAUACGAGGACUGGAGGAGGAGAGGCCCAAAUGCGAAUUCGACAGUCUACGAUCAGACACCACCCAAUACGAAACGGAAAUAGAAGAGUCGCUAGUGAGUUGGAUGGAAACUACGUCCUUACACGACAUUCCUGCACAUCUGGGAACGGAAAUGGAAGAAUCUCUAGUGAGUGGGAUGGAAACUACGUCCUUACAUGACAUUCCUGCACAUCUGGCUGAAUCGGAGACUGAACAAAUUCAUGAAUGUCCAUGCCAGGACGUACAUGUCCUACCAACAGGUCUCCCAGAUGAGACUGUCGUCGUUCCAAGCCUUAGACAAGAGGAAAAAGAGGCCAUUCCGACUCUGAAGGAAGAGAAAACCUCUCCCGUUCCUCAACUUGUACCGGAGGUCAUUCCCACUUUGGAAGAUUACAUACCUGCCACCCAAAGCGAGGCCUCGAAGGAUGACCCCAUCAAGACCUCACGUGACACCACAACUGCCCCGGAUGAGGAACCAUUAGAUCGCAGCCUCAAUAGUCAGACUUCCGCCGUUGAACUUCCAGAGCAACAAUUUGCUUCGCCGAGAUUGGCAUUCAGCAUGGAGAAGCAAAAGUUUUGA